AUGGUGUCAGGGUACAGUGUGUCACACACUGUCCUUUCCCCCCGGCACUGGGGGUACAGUGUGUCACACACUGUCCUUUCCCCCCAGCACUGGGGUACAGUGUGUCACACACUGUCCUUUCCCCUCAGCACUGGGGGUACAGUGUGUCACACACUGUCCUUUCCCCCCAGCACUGGGGUACAGUGUGUCACACACUGUCCUUUCCCCUCAGCACUGGGGGUACAGUGCGUUACACACUGUCCUUUCCCCUCAGCACUGGGGGUACAGUGUGUCACACACUGUCCUUUCCCCCCGGCACUGGGGUACAGUGUGUCACACACUGUCCUCCCCCCUUCCCCACCAGCACUGGGGUAUAGAGUGUCACACACUGUCCUUUUCCCCCGGCACUGGGGGUACAGUGUGUCACACACUGUCCUUCCCCCCGGCACUGGGGUACAGUGUGUCACACACUGUCCUUUCCCCCCGGCACUGGGGGUACAGUCUGUCACACACUGUCCUUUCCCCCCGGCACUGAGGGUACAGUGUGUGACACACUGUCCUUUCCCCCGGCACUGGGGGUACAGUGUGUCACACACUGUCCUUUCCCCCCAGCACUGGGGUACAGUGUGUGACACACUGUCCUCUCCCCCCGGCACUGGGGUACAGUGUGUCACACACUGUCCUUUCCCCCGGCACUGGGGGUACAGUCUGUCACACACUGUCCUUUCCCCUCAGCACUGGGGGUACAGUGCGUCACACACUGUCCUUUCCCCCCCGGCACUGGGGGUACAGUGUGUCACACUGGCCUUCCCCUCAGCACUGGGGGUACAGUGUGUCACACACUGGCCUUCCCCCCAGCACUGGGGUACAGUGUGUCACACACUGGCCUUCCCCUCAGCACUGGGGGUACAGUGUGUCACACACUGGCCUUCCCCCCAGCACUGGGGUACAGUGUGUCACACACUGGCCUUCCCCUCAGCACUGGGGGUACAGUGCGUCACACACUGGCCUUCCCCUCAGCACACUCCGAACACAACCUGGGGAUCUCAGACAGGCUUCAGCCUCCAGCUCAGAGAGCAUUACCAAGCCAUUGCCCGUUGCCAGGACAACUCCGCUUCAGAUACACUUUCACUCGACUGGCUUUGCUGCUUCCAUUGA